CCUCACAAGAUCCCCAAAAAUGACAUCACGCUUUGUAUUUCCCACGUUCAGUCCAGCAGCUCUGUACGCCUCCACGGAGCCUCUCCACACUCCCUGCACUUUCCAGAUGCAGACACAGAAACUCAACGAAACAAGGACUGGUACAAAGUGAGAGUAGGGAUCACGGAUAACGGUUUUUCGGCGUGGAGCUGGAAGAUGUUUUUUUUAAUAUGUAAGUUUUUUCUGUCAAAUGCCAGAACUUUAAAUUGAUUAGCUUUACUUUACUGAGUUUUUAGUUGUUGUUUUUUUAAUCUUUAAGUUUGGACAAAUGGACUGACCAAAGGUUUUCACAUCUUGGAAUAAUGAGUGACUCCUCCAGGAUUCAUUUCUACAUGGGGAUUUAACAGUUGUUUUAGGAAAAAACUGUAAAUCGUCAAUUUUCCUGAAGCUAUGGAAUUUUCCUUGCGAUUUCACCUUUUUACAGUUUUUGUCUCAAGUAUUAAGGUUUAUGCUCAAGUGGUACAACCUGUGAAGCAUCCAGGCCUGCAGGUGCUGGCCACGGCCUCACAUUAUUGGCCUCUCGAUGCUGUGGACGGAAUCCAUGAGCUGUGGGACCAGAUUGGAAAGAGACCAGGUUAUAUUAACGGAAGUAACAUAAACAUAGUUGAAGGAAUGGUUAACAAGGGCAUCUUUCUGAAUGGAGAUAAUGGCGGCACCUUCCUUCACUUUGGAAACUACCAGAACUCUUGCAUCAGUGACCCUACUUUGUGUGGUCCUGAGGGGAUUACCUUCUCCUUUUUUUGGAAAAACCAUGAAGUCGAGUCCCGCUAUGCUGUGGCCUCUGGAGGGAAAGUUAUAUCCAACGGCUUCUCCGUCUUCACCAAUCCCUAUGGAGGUUAUGUGGAGUUUUACACUCGAGGCAACAACCACAGAUGGAAGGCCAACAUCAAAGUCCCAGGGCCUUACUGGACCCACAUUCUCUUCACAUGGAAAAAGACGGAUGGUCUGAAGGUCUACAUCAACGGCACCUUCACUGCCGGCGACGCAGCUGGCAAUGUCUCGGCGAACUACGGCGACCCCUACCCUGACCUGGUCAUCGGAACUGUCAACGACAAGGCGUAUGGUCGCUUUUUAACGGGCGCUUUUGAUGAGUUUGUCAUCUGGGAAAGGGCCCUUCCGCAAAACGAGAUUAUGCUCUACUACAGGGCAGCCAUAGGUCAAGCCAUUGUCUCUGCCACAACACCCAGAUCCUCCAAGGAAGUCAUUACAACAACACCAACAGCUAGAGCCACUGCUGUGAGUCCUCCUGUCAUCAGCAGUCAGGGGGAGAAAACCCAAAGCCCCCCAGAUCCGGACUCAAUGCCAGUGUUGGGCUUCCUGAAGGUGCUGCCAAACAGGACCAUUCCUCACAACACUGCCAACAACCUCACGCAGGCUUUUCUCAAAAGUGUGGAAGAAGUGCUGUCCUCUCCUGGGCUGCCAGAGCAGUCCGACCCUGUGGUCAGCGGUCUGAUCGAGACCGUGGACCGAGUGAUGGAACACAUGGUGACGAACCUGGAGCCCAGCCCGAACUCUCUCAUCACCCUGGGUGGAACAUCUUUUGUUGCAGAUUAUUCUCUCAUGAAGGUCCCGCAGAACUACAACCUGCAGCAUUAUCGCUUCCCUACACAUGGCAAGAGCUACAUAUCUGUGCCUGGGGAGGCUCUCACUUUGCAGACUCAAACCACCAUUGUUGGCCUCUUCUACCACAACAUGCACAACUACUACAAGGAAAUCAGCCCGGUCAAGACCAGGAUUAACGAAGCCUCUGAUUUCAAGGAUCACAAGAUCCAGAUAGCGAGCUGUCUAAUCUCCCUUAAGGUGGAGCCUUCACCAGCCCUGUCAGUCAACCUCUCUGGAGCACCUCUCAUCAAGAUUGUCCUCAAACACGUUCUGACCAAAGAACAGCAAGACCAAGUACUAAAUCAGAGCAAUAAAGUCUUCCUCUACUGUGCCUUCUUGGACUACAGCUCAAAUGAGGGAGUGUGGUCCAACAAAGGUUGCGUCCGCUCAGAUGGAAACAUGACGUACUCUGUGUGCCUGUGCAACCACCUCACCAACUUUGCCAUCCUAAUGCAAGUGGUUCCCUUAAAGCUCACUACUGGCCACCGGGUGGCACUAUCAACCAUUGGUUAUGUUGGCUGCUCCAUUUCUAUCUUGUGUCUCACCAUCACUCUCGUCACCUUUGCAGUCCUGUCGUCAGUGAGUACCAUCCGUAACCAACGCUACCACAUCCAUGCCAACCUGUCCUUCGCCCUCCUGGUGGCUGAGAUCUUACUGCUCAUCAGUGCUCGCUUUGACCCGGGCACGCUGCCCUGUAAAGUGAUGGCCGUCCUGCUACACUUCUUCUUCUUGAGCGCCUUCGCCUGGAUGCUGGUGGAGGGCCUCCACCUCUACAGUAUGGUGGUGAAGGUGUUUGGCUCCGAGGGCAGCAAACACUUCUACUACUAUGGUAUCGGCUGGGGCUCUCCAUUGGUCAUAUGUGUAGUGUCCAUGACAUCAGCUCUGGACAGUUAUGGCGAGGUUGACAACUGUUGGCUUUCACUGAAGAAUGGAGCCAUCUGGGCUUUUGUGGCACCGGCUCUGUUUGUCAUCGUGGUGAACAUUGGCAUCCUGAUUUCAGUGACCAGGAUCAUAUCUCGAAUCAGCGGAGAGAAUUACAAGGUUCAUGGAGAUGCCAAUGCAGUCAAGCUGACAAUUAAGGCUGUAGCUGUGCUGCUUCCUAUACUUGGCAUCUCUUGGAUCUUUGGGGUUCUUGCCCUUAACAUGCACUCUUUGCCGUUCCUGUACAUCUUUGCCGUGUUUAACUCAUUACAAGGAUUCUUUGUUUUCUUAUUUCACUGUCUUCUCAACUCUGAGGUCAGAGCUGCUUUCAAACAUAAAACCAAGGUGUGGUCCCUCACCAGCAGCUCCAUCCGGAACAUCAAUGUGAAGCCCUUCAACUCGGACAUUAUGAAUGGAAACAAGGAGGGUGUGACGCCUACCAAGAUGAACACAUGGGACAAAAGCACCAACUCAGCCAAUCGUAUGGACCUCUCCGCCGUGUAGAGAUGCAGACGGCCAUCAUGUCAGUGGCAGGAGAGCAACCUGAAACUCACUGGUGACAGAAUGACAAACACUGGCCAGAGUACUCUCCUGCUAUGUUAUGCAAUGAAUCGUAAACUCGUUCACCUCAGAGAGAAUGACAUUAAUGAUUGAGGGGUUCUGUUCUCAUUUCAAAGACAAACAGACGAGGAGGACUGUGCCUUAUUAUUGUCCCAUAAACACACUUUCCUCCAAUCAACGUAGGGAUUUUUGAGGAGCAGGUCAGUAAAGUGACAGAAAGUCUAAAGAUCCAUGAGUGCAGUUCAGGGUCAGGUCAUGGCGUCCUGCGAAGUGGAGAGUGUCGGUGUGUCUGUUGUCCGGUCCAUCUGUUUUGCUAUAUUGCAUUGAUUUAAUGGUUGGCCAGGGUUUAUUUAAGGGAAAAGUUAAGAAACGUAUUUGCUCUCUUGCCAAUGUUACGGUCGAUACCACAUGUCAUGUCUGCAUGGUAAAUAUGACGUUACUGCCAGCAGCUAUAGUUCACCCAGGUGAACACAGCUGAUCUGGCACGGUCCAGCUAACAAAAUCUGCCUUUUAGCAUCUCUAAAGCUCAACAUACCACCUUUGUUUAAUCUGCACCAGAAACAAUGCGUGAAAAUAACACAUUGUGGUGCCAGACUACACUGUAAAAUCUCACAAGUUGAUCUUCAUAAAAAAAGAUACUAAUGACUUGAAAAACCGUAACAGUAACAUGUACAUUUAACUAUUAGUCUCAAGUUAUGUUAACUUUAUAUUUCAUUGUUGAUUUCACUUAAUUUCGCAGUUUAAUUAAAGCAAGUUACUUUGACUUUGUUAAACGUUGCGUUAACUCAGACAACUUUAGGAAACUGAUUUCCUUAGAUAAAUAAAGUAAGCACAACAAAGAAUGUUUCGUUCACAAGAAUAUUAUUAUUUUAGCAAACUCUCAGCAGGAGAGAACAUUUUCUAACAUCUCAAACUUUUCCAUUAAAUCACAGUCAUAUGUUUGAACAUGCAAUUUGUCUCACACAUAACAUUUUGGUGGGGUGAUAGGUAAAGUAUUUUCAGGGUAUGGUUGGUACAAAUGAAAAACCAUAGACAGAAAAAAGUAAAGACAUAUUUUCUCUAAAUAGUGUCUUAGAUUUAUUCAUUGAGAGUAACAAUAUUCAUUAAUGAAAAACUGCAAAUGGAAAACUGCUGAUUUGACCUAGCACAACACAACAACAGCAUAAUAACAACUGAUCAGUGAUGAGACCCUUUGUAAUUCUGAUAUAAAUAAUGUAUUUAUUUAUUUGUGAUUCUGCGUUCUUCAUCAUGUUUCCUGUAAAGUGUCGCAGCUCAACAAUCAUUAUGUUCUCUUGUUAAAUUCUGUGUAUUCUGUGUUUUCUCUCCUGAAUGCUAUAAUUGUUUUUGCAGUACCUCACAUCCUAGCAAGGUGCGGUAUGUUGUGUUAUUGGAGGAGUAGUGGUUGUGUUUUGGACAAUUCUGUGAACUUACGCUAUUUCUUUUACCCAUUUCUUAUACAAUUUCACAUAAUUUUUUUGUCAAAUAAAAUAUGAAUUUUUGUCUACAACAGAGGGACUUGAUGCGGUUAUUGCUUUUUGUCUUAACAUACUGUGAGAAUAGAGGGAGUUGGCAUGUUUUUAAAUGUCCUGUUGAUAUUACACUGUACCAACAUUUAGAUUCCUGAGACAGGAUUUACUGUAAGUCCCUCUGUGCUCUCUUUUCAUGUCAGAUUUAAAGUUAAAUAUUUGUAGUAUUUCUAAGCUUGUAUAUGGCCGUCAGUGAUUGUUGUUUUAUGGUACUAUGAUUUAUGCUUCCAGUUAUCUUUAUUAAAAAAAAUUGAUUAUGAAAAGAAA